AUGAACGCAGGCCAAAUGAAUCGCAGAAUGCUCUUCAAGAUUGGCGUCACUCUGGUUCUGGGAGUGGGCAUCAUUUUGUUCUACCUCGUCAACAUUCAAGACCUGGAACAAAGAGUUGAGAAUAAAAAAAUAUUGAGUGAAAAUGAUCAACUGUCUGACAUCCUCGAUAAAAGUAAGAUUAGAGAAACAGGGCAUAAAGAAGGUGAUUCCUUGAAAGUGCCUUCACAACAUCAGGUUCCGCAUGAUCUAAUGGCUAAUGAGACACUCACAGGUGUGAUCAUUUCUAAAAUAGAUAUUAAUAAAAACUCAAACAUACUCAACAGCUCUAGUGUGCCGUCUGCACAACUUAACAAGACUUCAGCUAAGGACAAGCAGCAUCCAGAUAUUACCUUUCAAGAAACAAGACUGGAUCCGGUUAUACAAAGUCCUCAGCAGCCAAAGGGCAGUGCUGUCCAUCUCUGUGUUGUGGUGUGUGAUCAGCGGGCAGAGGAGACCAUGGUGAUGCUGAAGUCUGCGGCAAUGGUCACUCAGUCGUCGGUCCCCGUGGUGUUUCAUAUCAUCGCAGAGCCACGGCACCAUGUUUUCUUCCAGGAUCAGUUAAACCUGUGGCCCAAGGUGUACAGACAGAAUAUAGCCUACAGAAUCUAUACGGUGAUGUUUCCCAGCAGUUCCACGUCUGACUCGUGGAAAAAGCUGUUCAAACCAUGCGCCUCUCAGCGACUCUUUCUUCCGGACCUCCUCAAGUCUGUCGACAGCUUGAUCUACGUGGACACGGAUACAUUAUUUUUCCAAUCACUAGCUGAUCUAUGGUCCCACUUUGCUCUCUUCAAUGAGAAACAACUGGCAGGCUUGGUGAGCGAGGCUGAGGAUGCAACCGCCGGAUGGUACAACAGAUUUGCCAACCAUCCAUUCUAUGGGAAAUUUG